AUGGGCCCUGAUGAGAUGCACCUGCAAGUGCUGAGGGAGCUGGCAAUAUCAUUGCAAGGCCACUUUCAAGAAUCUAGGAUUGAUUCUGGCAACUGGGAGGUGACUGAAGACUGGAAGAAAGUAAAUGUCACUCCUGUCUUCAAGACAGCCCAGUGCCUUCGACUGCUUGCUUGCGUGCUGGUCUUGUCUGCUCCAGGCCACUCCAUGCAUAUACAAACCCCAAACAUCUUCAAGAAGUCUCCCUCCAAUGCUUUGGCAAGUGCUCUGAAGAAAACCAGUUGGCCCAAGGACUGCAGUGAGAUCCCCGGUGGCAGCCUCAGUGGCGUCUACAUCAUCCACCCCACAGGACUGCACCCCGUCAUGGUGUACUGUGAAAUGAAUGUGACAGACGGGGGCUGGACAGUCAUCCAGAGGAACCGGCAGAACACGGAGAUCACCUGGGCUGAGUCCUGGAGCACCUACAAGUACGGCUUUGGGAACAUGCACACUGACUACUGGCUGGGCACUGAGUACAUCCAUCAGAUCUCCAAGCAGAAGGUCUACCAGGUCAGGUUUGUCAUCUGGGAUGCUGCAGACAACACCAAGUUUGCAGAUUACAGCUUCUUCAGCCUGGAAGAUGAGUCCCAGGGCUACCGGCUGAGGCUGGGGGCAUACUCGGGGACAGCGGAGGAUGCCAUGGACUCAGACAAUCCCAGGAAAGUGCACAACAACAUGAAGUUCUCCACAAAGGAUCGGGAUCAGGACACUUAUGGCGGGAACUGUGCCUCCAGCUACGGGGGCGGGUGGUGGUACUCGGCGUGUUAUUCUGUACGGCUGAAUGUCAAGGGGGGUAUAACGUGGGGCAGCCUGUGCAACGGGAACUGCAAAGCUUCUGCCAUCCUCAUCAAACCAGCUCCGCACCAUUAG